AAAGGCAGAAUCCUGGAGUUUCCCCCAACAAGUGUCCUUGAUGUGAAAACAAGGAGAAAUAUCCAUGGUUGUGCAUGCGAAACCAAUGCUUUUUUGCAAAGCUGGGUGACUUUCUUCUGCCAAGUUCAUAUGCAGUAAAAAUGCAAAAUGGGGAAAAUCGGAAAUGCAGUCCCUGGGGGUGCUUGGUGGUCACAGGCACGAUGAUGUUGCUGCUACUGUUUUGGCUUAGAUUUUUAGUUGAAAUAGUGAAAAAAAAAAAUGAAUUUGGAGGCAUGAGUAAAUCUGCCCAUAUUAGAGGAUUUGGUAACCUGGAAUUCCCCCAUCACACCCCCCUCCCAUCCUUGUGAAGGAAAUGCACUGACUAGAAAAAAAAUUUUCUCCUUUUUAAGGAAAAUUGACCGAAGAGCUCGAGGAAUUAAAAGGUCUGGAAGCUGAUGAAUCCUCUGAGGACCUUGAGGAGAGUGAUCUAGAGAGGGAUGAACUCACAGAAGAACUUGGGGAACGUGAUAAAAAAAUAGAGGAACUCACUGAAGAGCUUGCCAAGCAGACUGCACAUAUCGGUGAACUCACUACAGAGCUGGGGGAACGUGAUGCCAAAAUCGAUGAACUGUCUGCAGAAAUGGAAAAACGCGAUAGCAAAAUUGACGAACUCACUGCAGAGCUUGAGGAAUACAAAGCAAAAAUGAGAAAAUGCAUGGAAGAGCACAGGAAAGAGGAAGAAAAAUUGGCAAACGUGACGCUGGACCCCGAGACGGCCCACCCUCGCCUCAUCCUGUCCAAGGACCAGAAGAGCGUGCGAUGGGAAUACAUGCUACAGGAGUCGCCCGACAGCCCCGAGCGCUUCGACGCCGAUCCCUGCGUGCUGGGUUGCGAAGCCUUCACCUCUGGGCGCCACUACUGGGUGGUGGAUCUGGCAGAAGGGCAGUACUGCGCCGUCGGGGUCAGCAGAGAGUCUCUGCCGAGGAAGGGACCCGUCAGCUUUAAUCCCGAAGAAGGGAUCUGGGCCGUGCAGCAAUGGGGAUUCAAGAACCGAGCCCUUACCUCCCCUCCGACCCUCCUGAACCUGCCACGGGUCCCCAAAAAGAUCCGCAUCUCUCUAGACUACGAGUGGGGUGAGGUGGCGUUUUUUGACGUUGAGAACAAAGUCCCCAUCUUCACUUUUCCUCCAGCCUCCUUCGCCGGGGAGCGGAUCCGGCCUUGGUUCUGGGUGGAGCUGGGCUCCCUCUCUCUGGUCCGAUGACCCUCGCCUUCCUGGUUCGUCUUGCCAUGAAGCUCCCAGUGAGGUACUGGGAGCCCUAAAAGUUGUGGGGAGGUCAAACCAGUGCUUGAGAUCAUUGUGGGGCCAGCUGUGAUGGGAGGCGGACAAUUAGGGACAUCACCAAAGCCACUGGAGCCUGGGGGAAGCGUGGUCUUCACCUUUCGCUUCAUCUCACUGCACUUUAACAGCACUGAUGAAUUCCUCUUUAAUGUCUGCUUGUUCUUAGCCACCUGUAAAAACAAUAAAAUUAAAUUAAAUCUUGUCUUUUGCCCCACCAUGGGAUGGGCAACUGGUAGGUCCCAGCUCACAAUAAACCACUUGAGACUCUCUGGAGGAUUUGAUUUCUUUUUCCAGCUGGUUCAGUAGAGGGAUCUCCAGGUCUUCUCAGAUGAUGCCUGCAGCCCAUAUGGCUUCUCCUUGCAGCAUCUGCCCUACUUAUCCUACUGAAAAAUGGGAAAUUUGCCAUGGAUCCUAUCAUGGGAACAGGCAAGGCAAGGGGAUGCUGCCUUCUCCCACCUACGGGUAAUGGCCAGAGCAUCCCAGGCUCUCAGCCCUAUGCUUUUAAUUUCUCUUUCUGCAGCUUUUUGGGCCAGAGACCUUCAUUACUGCCCUUGCAACCCAUAUUUGUG